AGCUUGUCCACGCCGUCUUGCACGCGCACCACGACACCGCCACUGUGAGUGUGUGAGCUCACUCACUUGCACGUGGUUCUGCUCCCCCGAGAUGAGGAUCGCGUCGGCGUGGCAGCUGCUCCUGCCGGCGGUGCUGUGCUGCUGCUGCUGCAUCGACGGCGCGGCCGGCCAGGGGUGGCGCUGCAGGUUCCCGGCCGUGUUCAACUUCGGCGACUCCAACUCCGACACGGGCGGCUUCUGGGCCGCCUUCCCGGCGCAGCCGCCCCCGUUCGGGGUCACCUACUUCGGCCGGCCCGCCGGACGCGCCUCCGACGGCCGCCUGGUCAUCGACUUCAUAGCUCAGGCCAUGGGGCUGCCGCUGCUGAGCCCCUACCUGCGGUCCGUCGGCUCCGACUUCCGGCACGGCGCCAACUUCGCCACGCUCGCCUCCACGGCGCUGCUGCCCAACACGUCGCUCUUCGUCACCGGCAUCAGCCCCUUCUCCCUCGCCAUCCAGCUCCGGCAGAUGAAGGAGCUCAGCAAUAGAGCGAUCGCCUCCGGUGCCACCAGUGGGCAACUUCCCCCGCCCGACAUUUUCGGCAACUCUCUGUACACGAUCGACAUUGGCCAGAAUGAUUUCACCUCCAACCUAGGGUCGCAGAGCAUCGGGAGUGUCAAGCGAACUCUUCCUUCAGUUAUCAGCCAGAUCUCGUGGGCUAUACAGGACUUGCACAGCAUUGGGGCUCGCAAAUUCAUGGUGUUCAACAUGGCGCCAAUCGGGUGCUACCCGGCCUUCCUCGUGGAGCUUCCACAUAGCAGCAACGAUCUGGAUGAGUACGGCUGCAUGGCAAGUUACAAUAGCGCGGUUGUCUACUACAAUGAACUGCUGAACAACAGCUUGGCCGAGGUUAGGAAGACGCUGCAGAAUGCGUCGAUCGUGUACGUCGACAAAUACUCUGCCAUGCUCGAGCUGUUCAGGCAUCCAGAAGAUCAUGGGCUCAAGUAUGGGACCAAGGCUUGCUGCGGAUACGGUGGUGGAGCUUACAAUUUUGACCCAGAUCUGUACUGUGGCACCAGCAAGAUUGUCAAGGGCAACAUUGCGAGUGCGACGGCCUGCGGAGACCCGCAGAACUACGUGAGCUGGGAUGGAAUCCAUGCCACAGAAGCCGCAAACAAUAUCAUAGCAUCUGCACUGAUGAGUGGCUACUACUCGUAUCCACCUUCCGAUCUUUCAAAACUUUGCCGGCCAUGACCCCAUAGCCUGAUCUCUGAUCAAAGCACAAGUUUACUCAGAGAUAGUGUUGCUCAAACAAAGUUAUUCCGCUGUCAGAUAACAGGGCAAGUUUAGUCAGAGACAGUGUUGCUGACACCAGAUUACUCAUUCUAUCAGUUAAAAGAUGUGUAGAAUGAUACAGAAAAUAAGAGCUUUGUAGUAAGUGUGUCCUGUUAUAAACUUGUUUACGCUAUAAUGCACCACUACAUGUAGUACUGAAAGAUUA